UCCACCAGUAGCAACCCAAAUGGCCGUCUCCGAAGUUACCAAAUACCUAGUUUUCCUAACUCUCAAUGUAGUCGUCGCUUUUUGCGGCGCCAUCCUUCUAGCUUUUGGCGCCAUUCUCCAAGUCGACGAACACAAAGGUGUCAAAAGCUUUGCUCAGUUAUCCAUCGGCGGCUUCGGUAUCGGAAUCGGCGUCCUGGGCCUCUGCCUCGCCACUUGGGGCAUUUGGGCACUUUUUAAGCGCAAACCCAGCAUUUUGACUUACUACGCUGUGACUAUCAUCGUGCUAUUUAUUGUACAAAUUGUGCUUGGAGCUAUCGCUUUGGGAUCGGUUAGUGGCAGCAAGCGCGAUGAUGACGAAAUCGAGAAGGCCGUCCAGCGGUUGUUCCGAAGACAAGACGACAUCGCCGUCAAGAGAAUCAAUCAUAUACAAAAAACAUUUCGCUGCUGUGGAGUCAAUGGACCCAACUACUGGAAACAAAUGUUUAACAAACCGAUUCCAAUAAGUUGCUGUCCAGAAUUAAGGGAAAGGUGUGAUAAUCCAUAUGAAAAAGGGUGUGCCAGGGUGUAUGCCGCCGCAAUUGAAAAAAAUGUGGGCGUGAUUGGAGGCGUGGCUAUCGGAUUCUCUCCAGUUUUGCUUGUCUCUGCUAUUCUCGCCUGGUACAUACGACUUGAAAUUAAAAAGAUGCAGUAUACUUAAUUACUUAUGUAUUCGUAAAUAUUGACAAUAUGCUAAUAAUAAAAUUUGCUUUGUAUGACAA